UUUCAGUUUGUUUAGUGACCUUGAUGGGAAGUUUGGGUGGAGAGCAAACCAUCCAUUCAAAAAUAAAAAUAACACGCAGGAGCAAAAAGUAAAAACACAUUGAAAACAAAUCAAAAUAGGUAAAACCAAUAUAUAUAAGAUGAUAAAAAAAAUUCAGAUCCUGAUUUAAUUAUUGUAUUUAAGGUUUAUUUCACCAGUUUGGGCAUCUUUGUGUUGUAAGUGCAUUUUAGGAAUGAGAUUGAAUAGUACCACAGUGGCAUCAGUGUUAAUGAAAGGUGCUCGCAACGAGGUGCCAUGCCUCUCACUAUUAAUCACCACAAGGAGGCAGUAUUGCGCAAGAAAUCGCCUCCAAAAUGUAAUCUCCGCCUCAGACCUGAGAACCGGACAGGCUGCAGUUCUCCAGGCAAAUUUUGUGGAUUUGAAACUCCUCAAUAAUCAAACGAAAGUCACAGUUUAUUGCACUGGGAACACACAGGAACGGGCUGAAAUAUCAUCAGACCGACCGGACACAAAGCUCGACUACCCCGAACUCACAAACAGGCAUUUCCCACGUGAAAAUAUGCGUCCCAGUGCUGGAACUCCGCCUCCCUAAACACACCAUGGAAACAUAAUCUAGCGCUUCCCAAUCGACUGGAGACCCGCCUCUUCCCCGUCGCCAUUGGUUGAGUUGAGAGGCUCUAGGACCUUCCCCCAGCCUCUGAUUGGCCAGAAUCCCCUGCAACUCAGGAAAGCAACACGGAAAAAGAUGGAAAAAAAAAAAGUUAUGGAGUGAAGCCUAAUCGGAUCACGACUGUUGCAUGCUGCUGCUGCGUAGUUUUUUUAGUGGGAAAAAAUUCCCUCACAUUGCCUCCGGAGAAGCAGAGGAGGAAGCAGAGCGCGCAACAACUAAGAAGAAGGAGCUAGCAGGGGUCUCAUUGUUUUGGAAAGGAUCAGACGCCCGCCCGGUUCUCAAGAGGAGAGUCAGGUAGGCUAUGUUUUUCCGUUUCCAAGGACUGCCUUGCUGAUGUCACGGCGGAGGAGGGCAGGAGUGGAGGACAGGUGCGCAGAGUAAAGUUACCUCUCCAUGGGCUUUUGGAUGUUGAACUGUCGCGCAGCAGGAGUAUUACACAACAGCUGAUGAAUCUUUUUGGGAAUCAGAAGUUUUUCAGCGUUUGUUGAAACUCUUUUUCUGGGCCGUGUUAUAUAUUUGGCUGGCGAAUUUUUUUUUGUUUGUUUUGAAAUCUUAAGUGGAAUAUAUUUUUACUCCACGCUUUUGGAAAAAGUGACAGCCUCUGGUGCGCACAAACUGCAAGGUUCACAGGAUCCCUGCUGCUUUAUAAUAUCGUGACUUAACGGCGUGGAGGAAGCUGCUAUUGUUUCUUUUUUGGGGUUUUUUUUUUUUUUUGGAGUGCACAUAGCUGUGAACUGGGGUGUGGGAUCGAGACGCCCCAGCAUCAGAACCACCACUUUCCGCUUCAAUGCGACACUGACGCAGCUGGUCUCGCAUCCCAGUCGCAGACAGGUGAUGCUCGAGUAAUUCAAUGGAAGGAUUGAUCGUCAACUGAGGGAGUUUGAUCUGAGAAAGACAGAAAGAAAUAAAGAAAUAAAGACUUGUUUUUUUUUCCUUGGAAUGGAAUACAACACAAGAAAGCAGCCUCAACUUCUCUAAUCUGCAAUGAUUUUUCCGUGCGUCAUUGCGUCUUAGUGCUCGGAAGCGGUGUCUUGCGCUGAAGGACAAUCGUUCUUGGACUUGCUGUCAGGUUUUCAGGAGCUACUAAACAAUGUCCAAGACACUGAAAAAGAAGAAGCACUGGUCCACCAAAGUGCAGGAGUGCACCGUGUCGUGGGGAGGUUCCGGGGAGUUGGUCACGGUAAUUGAGGUGAGAGGCGGCGCGGAGCUGGGAGAGUUCCCGUACCUCGGACACAUAGUUUCGGAGGCGAUGGUUUGUCACGCCGGUAGGUUUCCCGGCAGCGCGGACGUGCUGCUGGAGGUGAACGGCACUCCGGUGAGCGGACUCACCAACCGAGACACGCUGGCUGUCAUCCGCCACUUUCGGGAGCCCAUCCGCCUGAAGACUGUGAAACCAGGUAAGGUGUUGAAUACUGAUUUGCGUCACUACCUCAGUCUGCAGUUUCAGAAGGGCUCCCUGGACCACAAGCUCCAGCAGGUGAUCAGGGACAACCUGUACCUGCGCACCAUUCCCUGUACCACUCGGCAGCCCAGAGAGGGGGAAGUUCCUGGUGUGGACUACAAUUUCAUCAGUGUGGGGGAGUUCCGCGAGCUGGAAGAAAGUGGCCUGCUGCUGGAGAGUGGCACCUAUGAUGGCAACUACUAUGGGACCCCGAAGCCCCCCGCAGAGCCCAGCCCCGUGCAGCCGGACCUGGUGGACCAGGUUCUGUUUGAUGAGGAAUUUGACACGGAGGUGCAGAGAAAACGCACAACCUCCGUCAGUAAGAUGGAUAGAAAGGACAGCGCCGCACCAGAGGAGGAAGAGGAAGAAGAGAGGCCUCCUAUGGUCAACGGCCUGGCUGAGCACAAGGACAAGGCGGAGUGGAGGAAGACGGUGCCCAGCUACACCCAGUCAGCUGGGGCCAUGGACCUGCGUGCAUGGAGCACACAGGAUGAAAGUCAGGAGCCCUUGCCUAAAAACUGGGAGAUGGCCUACACAGAGACCGGCAUGGUCUAUUUCAUAGAUCACAACAGCAAGACCACUACCUGGCUGGACCCCCGCCUCGCCAAGAAAGCCAAGCCUCCAGAGAAAUGCGAGGAAGGAGAGCUGCCCUACGGCUGGGAGAAGAUUGAGGACCCCCAGUACGGCACCUACUAUGUAGACCACAUCAACCAGAAGACCCAGUUUGAGAAUCCAGUGCUGGAAGCAAAGAGGAAGUUGAGUGUGGACAUGCCCACUGUGCCACCGCCGCCUGCAGCCACACCCUCAGAAGAGCCUGGUAGGGGGGUGCGGGGCUUCACGCGAGACCCGGCUCAGCUACAGGGAUCCAUCUUGCAGACAGCGCUUCGAAAAAGCCCCCAGGGCUUUGGGUUCACCAUCAUUGGAGGAGACCGACCUGACGAGUUCCUUCAGGUCAAAAAUGUCCUUCCGGAUGGGCCUGCCGCACAUGACAACAAGAUCGCCUCAGGCGACGUGAUCGUGGACAUCAAUGGGACAUGUGUGCUGGGGAAGACUCAUGCUGAUGUGGUCAAGAUGUUCCAGUCCAUCCCUAUCAACCAGUAUGUGGACAUGGUCUUGUGCCGGGGCUACCCCCUGCCCGAGGACUCCAGCAACAGUGAGGAGGCCUCAGGAGGCCUGUGCACCUCCAAGGACACUUCCCCUUCGCCGCCCACUUCCACGCCACAGGACCCUCACUACACAGUCCCAGACGGAGGAACCCUCACCAGGCAGACUGCUGCAGCGCCGCCCAUGACCAACGGGGGACGCCACCACCACCACCAUCCUCAUCCUCAUCCUCACCUCCACCAACACCACCACCACCUUCCUCACCAAGAAGGCCCUGACCCCACUUUGUUGCAGCCAGAGCUGGUGAGCGUGCCGCUGGUGAAAGGCCCCGGAGGUUUCGGCUUCGCCAUCGCGGACUGCCCACUAGGCCAAAAGGUGAAGAUGAUCCUUGACGCUCAGUGGUGCCGCGGCUUGUUGAAGGGCGAUGUCAUCAAGGAGAUAAACAGGCAGAACGUGCAGACGUUGAGCCACUCCCAGGUGGUGGACAUCCUCAAAGACCUGCCCGUGGGCAGCGAGGUCAACGUGCUGGUGCUUAGAGGAGGUCAAACGUCUCCUGUGAAAUCACUCAAACCAUGCACAGCUCCCAUAUCCCAGCCUGCUCCUCAACAGGCAUCCCAUCCUGCGCCCCAGCAACUGCCCCACCCGUGCUCCCAGCCCAUAGCGCAGCCACAGCGGCAGGAGAUAAUCAACAGCACAGAGGCCCUCAGUCAGCCGGAGAUACCCCCCAAUCCGCUCUCCUUCCCCGCCAACACCCUGCGCUCGUCUUCGCCCAAACCGGACGCGUCUGAGCUCUACCUCAAGUCCAAGGCCAUGUUGGACAGCAAGCCUCCUAAUACCAAGGACCUCGAUGUGUUUAUCAAAAGGAACCAGGAGUCGGGCUUUGGCUUCAGAGUCCUUGGAGGCGAGGGGCCGGAUCAGCCGGUGUACAUCGGUGCCAUUGUGCCACUCGGCGCGGCUGAGAAAGACGGGCGCCUGCGGGCAGGGGAUGAGCUGCUCUGUAUAGACGGCGUGCCAGUCAAGGGCAAAUCCCACAAACAAGUGCUGGAGCUGAUGACCAACGCUGCCCGUAACGGCCAAGUGAUGCUCACGGUCCGCAGGAAGCUAGCACACUCAGAUGGUGGUGGAGAGGAGGAGGGCAGUCAGCAGCCCCACCAGGUAGCAUCCGCCCUGGUCAACAGCUCUCCCAAGAUGCCUCGUGCGGAGGUGCCAAGUGCCCUCCAGCAAGCCCAGUCCCCACGGCCGGAGUGCUUCGACGUUACUCUGCAGCGCAAAGACAACGAGGGCUUCGGCUUUGUCAUCCUCACCUCGAAGAACAAGCCCCCACCUGGAGUUAUACCUCACAAGAUUGGCCGUAUAAUCGAGGGCAGCCCCACUGACCGUAUAGGUCAGAUGAAAGUGGGAGACCGUAUCUCUGCUGUCAAUGGCCGGUCCAUCAUGGAGCUGUCGCACAACGAUAUUGUCCAGCUCAUCAAGGAUGCCGGCAAUUCUGUCACCCUCACUGUCGUGCCUGAAGAUGACAACGCUCCUCCAUCUGGAACAAAUUCAGCCAAGCAGAGCCCUUCAGCACAACACAGAGCUAUGGGCCAACAGCCUCCCAGCUAUCCAGACAGUGAGAUCAGGAACUCUUUUCUACAAGGAGAGAUGGGUACACUCAUCACAUCAGGUCCAAAGCAGGGCUGCUUUGUGGUGGAGCUGGAGCGCAGUCAGCGGGGCUUCGGCUUCAGUCUGAGGGGAGGGAAAGAGUAUAACAUGGGACUGUUCAUCUUGCGACUGGCUGAGGAUGGACCUGCUCUUAAAGAUGGCAGGAUACAUGUUGGAGAUCAGAUCGUGGAGAUCAACGGCGAGGCCACCCAGGGAAUCACACACACUCGGGCCAUUGAGCUGAUCCAAGCAGGGGGCAGUAAAGUUCAUCUGCUGCUCCGACCUGGCCAGGGCCUGGUCCCGGAUCACAGUUCAAAGGACAAAGUAACCAUUCCAACCUCAAGCUUUCCCAGACUCUCUGUAUCUGACGGGCAGUCAUCUCCAGCCUCUCCAUCCUCUGUCUCCCUCUCUACCUCGGAACUGUCCCCAUCCUCACCCAAAAUAUCCGUCCCUGAUGAGUUCUCCGGUGGGGACUCCAGGGCGGCUGGGUCCCCUGGCGGUGGGCAGGAGCACGGUAGGCAGGCUAACAGAUCAAGAGGACAGCACCUCCCUCACCACAACCAUAAGCGCACCACCAGCCCCAGCACCCAGGCCAGAAAAACAAGCAGGAGUGACUCCAAGUCGGCUAGUCCCAAAAGAGCCACCGAUGGCUGGGCAGAUCACGUAGAGCGCUCCCAGAGCCCUAGAAAAGCAGAGCGAGGCCACAGCGGAUCCUUGGAAGAUAUGAGCAGGGAGAGAAAAAUCCAAGGGCAGAGAGAUCAUAACUCCUCUAGCUCAAGGAAAGGUUCCAAGAGGGAACAUGACCCUGCUGUGCCUUUGAAGCACCUGGAGGAGCCCCAGAGCCCCAGGCGUCCAGCUGGCCAACAGCCCAGCAUUCCCUCUGGAGAAGGGAAGGACUGGAGGUACAAAGAGGAGGAUGCCGCUUAUUGGCAGGAGAGGGGGGCUGCAGAGAGUGGAGACAAAAGCUGGGGGACCAGUGAACGCCACAAGAAGGGCAAAAGGGCUGAGCAAGAGGCAGCGGCACAAAAAUCCUAUUCCCAAAUGCACAGGGAGAGGGCGGGGUCAGAUGUCGAUAGCGGCACCCUGAGCCGAAGGGGCGGGCGCGAGAAGGGGGAUAAAGAAUAUUGGGAGAGUAAGCACCAUGGUCCAAGUGAAGAAGUGAAUAGAAAGGAUCCCAGAGGUUCAAGCAGUAGCAUCCAGGACCCCAACUGCAACGGGACCACCACCAGCAAGACUCCCAUCACCCCCGGCCCAUGGAAAGUUCCCAGCUCUUCCAAGAUCCAGUCGCAAGUGGACACAACAUACGCAGAUAUCUGAUAUCUUUCCAGGACACUCUACAUUUAUUAAGAGAAAGCUGAGCCUCUGACAGAUGGACAUUCAGAAUGGAAGGAUGGGUUUUUUUUUUUGUUUUUUUUUUAGCAAUCUCGGACAAAGCAGAUCACUGUGUAACCAGCAACAUAGCUUGUCAUUGCUUAUGAUUUUUUUUUUUUUCACCCAGUUUGCCUCGGUUAGUUUGCAUCAAGCUGCUGAUGCCUGAUCUGACGUACAUGCUUGUACCUACAUGAGUAUUUGUACUGUACUGAUGAUGUGUGUGUGUGUGUGUGUGUGUGUGUGUGUGUGUGUGUGUGUGUGUGUGUGUGUGUGUGUGUGUGUGUGUGUGUGUGUGUGUGUGUGUGUGUGUGUGACAGAUGGGUUCUGACUGUGAUUUUUAGACGUGACACUGAAGUCUUAUUUUGUGCCAAUCAGAGACUCCGGUUGUAACGAAGCUGCUCCGUAUUGCACUCUAUUGCGAGACUUAUUUGUGGGUAAUUGGAUGAACUGCUCUCCGCGUCUACCCACCUCGAUGAAGGAUUCUGCUUUGUUUUGUCACUCUGAAGGUUUAAGGCAUAUGCAUACCAUCACUCAGCUUCUCUUCCCGGCAAGAUGAGUCACUGUUGCUUUCACUGAUGGAUGUGUUGGGAAAAAAAGUGAGGCUGGUUAGUUUCUCUUAAAAUUUGGCUGCAGAGGUGUGACAGAGUGUUUUCUAAGUCAUUUCUGCACUGUUUUUUGUUUUUUUUGUUUUUUUUGGUUUGUUUUUUUUUUGAGAGCCCGACUAGAUUUGUGAACUGUGUGUGUGUGUGUGUGCGUGUGCGUGUGUGCGUGUGUGUGUAACUCUGAAACACUCUGAUCCCAUUAGCUUAUCAGAGGGUGGACAGAAUACCCUGGAGCUUUAUAUGCAUCAAUCAGCAGACCAGAUACUUGUGGAUAUAGUUCUAAUGUUUGUUAUAUGUGUGUUAAUAAUAAAGCAUAAUGUAAUUUAUUGAAAUUAUAUGUAAACAAAACUGUUAGUACACAUAUCCGUGCUGAGUCAUUUCACUUUUGAUGUGGACUUAAAGAGGUAGAAAUAGAAUGCAUAGACACGCGGCACCAUCUAAAACAGUGACACUAUAAAAACGUUAGUCUAUGCGUUCGAUUUCUAAGUUUUCAAGCGGUCACAUGAGCCUGAUUCAUAAUGUUGUCUACUGUUAGCAGCUCUGUAUUUUAGGUCCUCUGGCUAUGUGUGUAUGUAUACAAGCUGACUGGUAGGCCUGUGUAUUUUUCGGUAUCGCUGUAGCAUCGACUAUACUUAAUCUGAAACAUGUAUUUAACAAAAUGAUCACACAUAUAUUGACACAUAAUUUUAGAUGAAUUAACAGAGCUUGAUUGUAAGGAAGUGAGACCUCUGCCUUCAACUUACUGAAAACCUUAAGAGAUGUUGUUUUGUUUUGUUUUUAUCAUCAUAAAUGUUGGCACAAAAACAUUGUUGUUCCUCAUUCUAACCUCCAAAUCAAUUUUUUUUUUAAAUCUAAUUUUGUUAUUUAGUACAUGACCCUUAAUGUGAGAAAAAAAUGGUGUGUAUAUUUUUUUGCUUAACUGUUAAUUAUUAACGACAUCAUGGCUCUCAUUUUUCUAUUAUAAAUAAAGCCAGACUUCAAAAGAAAGCAGUUAAUUUCCCCACACACAUAGGAAUUGGUGGUUGCACAUUCUGCAUAGUGUGAAAAUGGCUUGACUUGCCUCUUUGGGAGUUCUAUUUGAAAUUAUACUAUAAAGUUUCUCAAACUUAAUUAAACAGGGAUUUAAGUUCAACAUGAAAAAAAAAAAAAUAUAUAUAUAUAUAUAUAUAUAUAUAUAUAUAUAUAUAUUUUGUAGGAUCAGUUGUGCCCUGUUCUGAAGACAAAAUGUGGUGUUGUUUCAGUGUUGCUACUGUGGAGUACAGAGACAUCUAGUGGUUCAUCCACUGCUCUUCACCACCUAGUCAUUGAUCGAACAGUACCCUCAUCAGCCUGCCUGUUAAAGGAUGUACAGAAGUAACACAUGCAUCUCUUGGUCUGUGAGACCAUUUACUUACUAAUUUAUUGUCCACUUUAUUGUUGAAUGAUGGGCUACUGUGUUAUUUACUGUUCAUGCCAUUACCAUGUAUGAUACUGUGGCCUUGCAUUGCUCCAACAUAGAAAAAAAAGUCUUAGUUUUGACAUCAUGGUAGUUGUAAAUGUUUAUAAAUUGUACAGCACCUGUAUAAAUAUUUGCCUUCAUGCAGAAAAAAAAUCCUCUGUAAAUCGUUUCAUUAUUUUUUUAAGGGAACUGAGAGGAAAUGAUAUAAAAUGGGUGAAAAGAAAUAAUCUGGUCAUGGCAUUCUGUUCAUGCACUGAUAAAUAAAGGUUUACUGAAUAAA